AUGUAAUCAGUGAGCUAAAUCUCUAAAUCUGAUCCAACUCGUUAUGGUGAUUCAUUUAAACCUACUGCAAAGAAAAUGACUCAUCGUUUGCUUUCACAUUGCGAUAGUGAGAUGACACUUAAGAAAAUGGACUUUACUUUGGCAGGAAAUGGUAAACAUGUCCCAGAUUAUAACAUCAAAUCAACUUAAGUAGAGACAAAGCAAAUAGAACCAUUCAAAAUCAAGGAUUUCAUACCAUAAAUCAACCCAUCAAUCAAGGGGGAAUUGAGUCGUCUAAAUAAGAACAACUUUUUAGACUUCCUCUUAAUAUAAAAAGCUGGCAAAUCAGGGGAUCAGAAGUUCUUUGAUCUAUUGAUUUAAGAAUACAACUUUGACCCUUUUAAAAAAACAUUGAAGAUGCAAGACAAUAAAUAAUAAAUUCAAUAUCUUCAAAAACGAGACGAAAGAGAAGAACAAAUUGCUUUGCAAGUCAAGCAAUUUUAUAAACAUAUGCAACACAAAAGAAGUGGCACAAUCAAUGAUUAGCCUUUAGACCGAAUGAUCAUAGAAAAAAAUAAUUAUUUGAUCCAAAAACUUCCACGCUUUAGAGCUAAAUUAGAGGCUUUGUAAGGAAAAAAUGAUUAUAUAUGA